AUGGACCUGAAAAAUGGAAGUUCUUUCACUGGCUUUAUCCUGCUGGGUUUCUCUGACCGGCCUCAGCUGGAGCGAGUCCUCUUUGUGGUUCUUCUCAUCUUCUAUCUGCUCACCCUGCUGGGAAACACAAGCAUCAUUGCAUUGUCCCGCCUGGACCCACACCUGCAGACUCCCAUGUACUUUUUCCUGUCCAACCUAAGCUUUCUGGACCUGUGUUACACGACCAGCACUGUUCCUCAGCUGCUGGUUCAUCUCAGGGGAACAGACAAGUCUAUCUCCUUCGCUGGCUGUGUAGCUCAGCUCUUCGUCUCUCUAGGGUUGGGAUGCACAGAAUGCAUUCUGUUGGGGGUGAUGGCAUUUGACCGCUAUGCAGCCGUCUGCAUGCCCCUGCACUACACAGUGAUCAUGCACCCCCGUCUCUGUGCCCUGAUGGCUUCUGCAUCGUGGUUCAUUGGUUUUGCCAACUCCUCAUUGCACACGGUGCUCAUCUUUCUUGUACCACUUUGUGGGAGAAAUAAAAUAGAUCACUUCUUUUGUGAGAUCCCCCCACUGCUCAAGCUUGCCUGUGUUGACACCACUGUGAAUGAGUCUGAGCUCUUCUCUGUCAGUGUGAUCAUUCUCCUCAUACCUGUGGCAUUAAUCACAUUCUCCUAUGGUCGGAUUGUCAAGACAGUGUUAAGAAUAAAGUCAGCUUCAGGGCAGAGGAAAGCGUUUGGGACAUGUGGGUCCCACCUCACCGUGGUCUCCCUGUUCUAUGGCACAGGCAUCUACAUUUACCUUCAGCCCAGCAGCAACUACUCCCAGGAUCAGGGCAAGUUCAUUUCUCUCUUCUACACCAUUGUCACCCCCAUGGUCAACCCUGUCAUAUAUACUCUGCGGAAUAGGGAUAUGAUUGGAGCAAUGAAGAAAGUGUUCUGUAGGGAUAUGACCCUAGAUGACUGAGGGGAAGACCAUUUGACAGAAGACUUUGAAUGCCAGGGUCUUUCAGGUUUUUGUGUCCUCCAUAUUUCCCCUGAUAACUCUCAAGGGAAAUUCCUUAAUUCAUUCUUUUAUGCAAGUGGGUGCUCAAACUCUAAGUUCAUGCAUGCAUUACAGCCUCCAGAGAUGCUGAUUUAGUAUUCCAAGGCCAUCUGCAUCCUAUUAAUAUUUUAAAAAGUUUCAAAGGAUUUUCCUAUUUCACCCUCAUUUGGGAACACUAUUACAUUUCUAAUUGCAAAGAACAAAGACACACACACCCUAAAAACAUAGCAAAAUAAGAAUGGAAACCACCAGUACACUAUAAUAAAUAUUGUAGCAUUCUCCAGCAAUUGCUGGAGCCUAUUGCUUAUUCUUGCAAUUUGAUCACGGCUCUAUUACAACAUUUGGAGCCUCACUGGGUCACAGCUUUUUCCCAGAAGUAGGAGGGCAACUGUAGGAAAAACAAACUUUAGCUGAGAGAAAGCUUGCAAACAUCCAUCCUGAUAAAGCUGGUCACAUAUCAUUCUGUGGUGUAAUGUUGCCAUUCUGACACUGUUUUCGUUUUGAACACAAUUCUUUGUUUUUCAAAUGUUCUUGUUUGAAAUUAAUAUUUAUUAUUUUAUUUUUAAAUUA